GAUUAAUUGCCAAAAUAUAUUUUAACCUGGCUUCAUGUUUAACUAACAAUUACAACAUUCACAGCAGGAUAACCACACAUUGUAACAAACUGGUGUAUUAGAGAAUCUGAACAUGAACUGCUCUCACAUUACCUCUGCAGCAGCCUGUAGAGGGGGCUUGUUUACCAUACAUCUGGGAGCUACAAUAUGAAUACGUUAUACUUUAACAUACAUGAUAAAUUAAUCUAAAGAAUAUUAAUACCUAUGUACAUGUUAAGACAGCUUUCACGGUAACUGAAAACCAUACUAUAUUCUAUAUUUUGAAACGUGUUUUCCCUCCUUCCUGUGUGUUACAGUCAUUGAUGGAAAAUGAAAGUGUUCUCAUAUCUACAACUGACUCUUCGGUAUACUUUCCUGGUGCCAGCAGUCAGGUGCAUUAUGGAACCUUUGAUUCACAAAAUAUGUUCGCUAACUUUCCUUGUCAUCUUCACUGCCUCUUCAUCUGGAGCAGACUUCACCCUCUCAGUCCCUCCUGACCCUGUAGUUGCCUUUGAUGGUCAUGACAUCAUCCUUCCCUGUCAUCUCUCUCCUCAAACCAGUGCUGUUGCCAUGGAUAUCAGGUGGUUCAGAGAUGGACAUUUUGCUGAGCCCCUGUACCUAUAUGAAGACAGAAUUAGGGAAGAAGGGAGAGGCUAUGAGGGCAGAGUGAGUCUGUUCUCCCAGGAGCUGGAGAGAGGUAACAUAUCACUGCUGUUGAAGAAUGUCAAGGUGUCAGAUAAGGGGCGCUACAAAUGCCAAGCCAGCCACUUGAACUGGAUUCAGGAAGCAGAAAUUGUGUUACAGGUUACACAGCAGGGCAGUUUCCCCAGGAUCUGCAUAAGGAAGCACCACAGAGUUUUCAUCCAGCUCAGCUGCAGCUCAGAGAACUGGUACCCAGAGCCUCACAUGCUGUGGACGGACCGCAGUGGGAAGGAGAUCAGCUCAACAGAAACAGAGAGACCCAAACAGAAGGAAGGGGGUGACCUGUACUCCAUCACCAGUCACAUGAGAAUAGGGAUGGACCAACUGGAGGGGAUCACCUGUGUAGUGAUGUCACAGGACCGGGAAACCAUUCUAGAAUCUCCAUUACUGCAGAUGACUGAGGAGUUCUACCUCAGCAGUUUACCUGAUCGGGUUUACAUCUCUGCAUUUGUGAUUCCUGUGUUUCUGGCACUGGUGUGUAUCACAGCAUCAGUGCUCUUUGUCAUGCAUCAGAAAAGAGAUAUUCAGGAGAAACUGAAGCCUAUUAAUGAAGUCAAAGCAGAACUAAAAGAGAAGAAUAACGAACUCACCAAAAAGGAUCGGUUAUUGGGAAUAGCUGGAACAAUUCCAGACACCGUUUGGACCUUAAUGGUGUCUCAUCAUGCAGUGGAUGUGACUCUGGACCCUGACACUGCAAACCUCAAACUCAUUGUAUCUGACGAUAAUAAAUCUGUCAAGUUUGGAGACCUACGGAGAGGAAGGGGCACUGAGAAGAGAUUUGAGGAAAAGCACUGUGUCUUGGGAAUGGAGGGAUAUGAUACAGGUAAACAUUACUGGGAAGUUGACCUGGGAGAGAAGUCUCAGUGGAGUGUUGGAGUCGCCCAGGACCCAGAGAACAGAGGUUCAAACAUCCAAAUGAUUCCAGAGAAUGGCUACUGGAGCAUACGUUUGGAUAAUGGAGUAUUGAAAACAGUUGAAAAGCCUCUUAAUGUCCUUCCCAUUGACCUGAAACCUUUGAAGCUGGGGGUGUUAGUGGACUAUGAGGAGGGAAAGAUAGUAUUUUUGAACGUUGAGAAGAGAUGCCACAUCCACUCCUUCAUUGGAACAUUUACCAAGAAACUCUAUCCGUUCUUUGGUCCUUUGAUUGAUUGUAAAGAGGAACUCAAAAUCUCACCCGUUCCUCAAGCUGAAAAGUGAACCUGUAAAAGUUGUCAGGCAAGGCCAUAGCAUUUAUGUUCAGUCUGGUUAAUAGUGCCUGCGCCUGUGGCUUUAUUCACACUCUAAUACUCCACAACUCUCUGUGGUUUUAUUAGUACUCUAAUACUCCACAACUCUCUGUGGUUUUAUUAGUACUUGAAUACUCUACAACUCUCUGUGGUUUUAUUAGUACUCUAAUACUCCACAACUCUCUGUGGUUUUAUUAGUAUUCUAAUA